CCCUACUGUUGUGCGGCUAUCGUUUCUGCUAUAUAUCUCUCACGUCUGCCCUCGCCGGCUUUUCCUCUCUCCUUUCUGCUCGUUCAGCCUUCCCCGCCCAGCCUUCUCCGACCUUGGCGCCUGCGUCAGAAGCAGUCCAACAGUUGAAACACUGAAUUGGAUUUCCAGAUAUGCGGUUGAAAAGGUUGAAGAAGGAAGAUAAAUUUUCAGAUAUGCGGUUGAAAGUUUGUCGAAGAGGGAAGGAGGAAAAUCGGCGCCAAAUUAAGUACAAGGUGAGCCAAAAUCAGCCGAAAGAAAUUAAGAAGUUUAAAGGUAGCCAGAAUUUGAGGAUGAGACUCCUUCUGUCGACGCUAACUCAUACGCCGAUUGAGAUCACCGACAUUCGCACCGAUGGGGAUGGGGUCCAAGUUGGACUCCGCCCCUACGAGGUUUCGCUCCUCCGGCUUCUGAUGUUGCUCUCCAACAACUGUUAUUAUGAAAUCAACGACACUGGCACGAAGGUGGAGUACAAGCCGGGGACUCUGAUGGGUGGGAGGCAUUUGGUUUACAAUUGCGGUCAAGAUCGAGCAAUUGGCUAUUUCUUAGAGCCAUUGCUUAUUUUAGCUUUAUAUGGGAGGAACCAACUCUCUAUUGACCUUAUAGGUAUUACAAAUGACUCUAGGGAUCCAUCUGUUGAUACAUUUCGAUCAACUACAAUACCCUUAUUGAAGCGGUUUGGCAUACCUUCAGAAUCACUAGACUUGAAAAUUAAGAGCCGGGGCGUUCCUCCCAAAGGUGGUGGAAAAGUUGAGCUUUCUAUUUCACCGAUUAUGCAAAAUACUCUCAAGGCACUUACCUGGAUUGAUACGGGCUUGGUAAAGAGCAUUAGAGGACUCACCUUCUCAGCUAGAGUAAGUGCUCAGUUUGAGCAUAAAAUUCUACAAGCAGCUCGGGGCAUUCUUAAGCCUUUUCUUCAAAAUAUUCCCAUAGACACUGACCAUAAAAAGGGACUUGAAGCUGGAUUGUCACCAGGUUAUGGAAUUUCACUUGUUGCUGAGACCACUUCAGGCUGCUGCAUUUCUGCCGAUACAACAGUAUCCUAUCCUUAUUCUGAGCAAGAUAGUGAGGAGAAAGAUUUGAGCACAGCAGAGGACGCCGGUCGAAAAGUUGCGUCCGACUUGCUACAUGGGAUUGAGGAAUAUGGUGUUGUAGAUUCAACUCAUCAGGGUUUAUUGUUUCUUCUUUGUGCAUUGAGUGCUGAAGAUGUAUCAAAGGUUCGUGUUGGGAAGCUUUCACCCAACGGAAUAGGGGCCCUUGGGGAAAUUCAACACUUUCUUAAUGUUACAUUUGCCAUAACACCUGAUCCUUCAACAGAGAGUGUCCUUCUUACUUGCGUUGGAUGUGGCCAAAAGAAUCUAUCGAGGAAAGCAAGCUGAGGCAACGAGAUGGUGAAUGUGGUGGACAGUAAAAUUUCGUGAAUUAGCUUCUUUUGUUCUUUGUUUUGUUUUUCAUCUUGGAUUUUGGUUGGGAUAUGUGGAUUGGAUUGGCGUGUAAAUAAUGAUGUUAUAGCUCAAGUUAUAACAGUGGAUAAUUAUUUUACUUA